GUCACUCGCGGUCUCAGCAAGUCAGCGCGCCGAGCGCGAGAGCAACAAUCUCAUUCCUGGAUAUUAGGCACGAGGGGCAGUGCGCGAGCGCGGUGCGCGGGGACAGUUCGCCGUCGCUGACAGAGGAGCGCGCGAGUGCUUUUCAAACUGACGGAGGGAACAUGAACCGUUAACCACCGUUUGACAAUGAAGAGGCUUUCUCGAAAGCUCACUUUGGCUCUCGCGGCACUGUUUUGGAUAGCCGCUUUACUCUAUUUCAUAUUGCUGAAUAGUCGGAAAAUAUUACCUGACCAAAGAAACGAAGAGCCGCAAGUAAAAGAGAUUUCAGAUGCUGAGUGGGAUGACCUGCUGGAAGAUUUUGAAGAGAAAAGCUACCUCAAUGCUCACCGAUGGAAGCCGGGCCAAGACCCCUACAGUCUGUAUGCCUUCAAUCAAAGAGAGAGUGAGAGAAUCCCAAGCAACAGAGCACUAAGAGACACACGACAUUAUAGGUGUACAACAAUGCACUAUGAUCCUGACCUGCCACCCACCACCAUAGUGAUCACGUUUCACAAUGAGGCACGAUCCACCCUACUGCGCACCGUGAGGAGUGUGUUGAAUCGGACCCCUGUGCAUCUGAUUCAUGAGAUCAUACUGGUGGACGACUUCAGCGAAGAUCCAAAUGAUUGCCUUCUUCUCACCAAGUUGCCCAAAGUGAAGUGUCUUCGCAAUAAACGUAGAGAAGGACUAAUCCGGUCCAGGGUUCGAGGUGCGGACGCUGCUGGUGCCGGGAUCCUGACAUUUUUGGACAGUCACUGUGAGGUCAAUAAAGACUGGUUGCCACCCCUGCUGCAGAGGGUCAAAGAGGACUCAACCUGUGUUGCCAGCCCUGUGAUUGACAUCAUUAAUAUGGACACGUUUGCCUACGUCGCAGCUUCCUCAGACUUGCGAGGAGGCUUUGACUGGAGUCUACAUUUUAAAUGGGAACAACUAUCUGCUGAGAAGCGAGCCAGGAGAGCUGACCCUACCGAGCCCAUCAAAACGCCCAUCAUCGCAGGAGGACUGUUUGUAAUCGACAGAUCGUGGUUCAAUCAAUUGGGAAAAUACGACACAGCCAUGGACAUCUGGGGAGGGGAGAACUUCGAAAUCUCUUUCAGAGUAUGGAUGUGUGGAGGAAGUCUGGAAAUUGUUCCCUGUAGCAGGGUCGGCCAUGUCUUCCGCAAGAAACAUCCCUACAUCUUUCCAGAGGGCAAUGCAAACACAUACAUAAAGAAUACCAGAAGGACGGCCGAGGUUUGGAUGGAUGAGUUCAAACUGUUCUACUACUCAGCUCGACCAGCUGCCAGGGGGAAGUCCUAUGGAGACAUUCGCGACAGGCAGGAGCUUCGUAAGAGGCUCGUAUGCAAAUCCUUCAAGUGGUAUCUGGACAACGUCUAUCCAGAGCUCAAAGUUCCAGAUGAUUCCGAUGGCAAGUCUGGUGUAAUUCGGCAGAGACAGAAUUGCCUGGAAUCUCGUUCAGUCGAAGGGCAGGAUCUCCCAGUGCUCACGCUCGCACCUUGCGCUGGCACCAAAGACACACCAGCAGCCAAUCAGGAGUGGAUCUACACCCACGGACAGCAAAUCCGCCAGAAGCAACAAUGUCUGUCCGUCUCCACCACUUUCCCUGCCUCCCAGAUUCUGCUCGUACCCUGCAACAUCAGCGACGGCAAGCAGCGUUGGCAGAAAUCUGGCACUCACCUGGAGCACUUGGCAUCUCGUUUCUGCGUGGACAGCGAGAUGGCUCUGGACGGCAUUGAGAGCAGUAAAAUGUUGGUGAUCAGCCCGUGCGAGCUGUCAGCCCACACUCAGAGAUGGGAGAUGCCUUUCUCGUGAUCCCUGCUCCCUGACCUCGCCUUACCUCUCUGGAGUCAAAGACGCAUAGAAAUACAGAGAGAGAGAAAGAGCUCAGCGUGCACCUCCAGGAGGGGCGACAUCUGUGUCCUGCUGUUUUGCUGUGUCCACACCCUUUGUCUCUUCAGCACACCACAGGAUCCCCAGCGUGUCAAUCAUACUGAUGUUCUCCAGAAUAAAGUUCGGACCCCUGAAAAACCUGAGGAACACACAGCGAGUGUGACUAGAAACUACGCACAAACUUUUUUAUUUGCCCCAAUACAAAGCACUGUAUUUCUGCUUGCACAUUAACGUACAAUAAAGACCCUAUUUUUCUUAA